GUGUGUAAGACCACAGUGAGCUGUGUGGUCACUUACCUGAGUGAUUGACAAGAGAAAGGACUAGUCAUUAUAGAAGAAUAAAAUCUUAUACCUGUCACUAGAAAAGAAUAGAACAUAUCAAGAUGGUCAAUUUACUCAUGAUGCUAUUAGCUCUCGGUAUCACUUCUGGAGCACCAAUGGCUCCUUGUGUCAGUCAAGAUGGAUGUUAUUGUCAACAGACCCAGAAUGAGUACAUAGAUCUUCAGCCCAUUGGAAAUGUUACGUUUAAGCUGAAUGAUGCCUCAGGAAAAUUCAAUUAUGAAUUUGAAUUGUGUCAGACCUUCAACUUGCCUGCUAAUUGUUCCUCUGUUUACGGGUGUCAGUUUAAUUCUCUUAUAAGCCAGUAUAAUGACAUCGCAAGUUCCCCUCCAGAGUUUGUGGACAUCUACACGAUCAGAUAUAACACUUCAUCUAACAUCACCUCGUUUGUUCAGCUGUAUUGCACUAAUGGGACUGAUUCGUUUGUACUUGUUAACAUUACUGACCCUUCACAUCUACAAUUUCGACUAGAAACCAGGCAUGCGUGUCCACAGAUGUUGUCUACCACAGUGUCACCUACCACACUCAGUACUUCGACAACGUCCAAUACAACCACAGCUCACGCCAACACGACGGCGUCCAGCACGACUGCUCACUCCAACACUACCACAGUGACCACAAGCCCUACCACGCAUGUGACCAACUCAACGGCUUCCAGCAACACCACGGCAUCCACGUCCCCGUUGACGACAUCAACGACGACCACAGGCAAACCUUCGAGCAGCACAACCCAUAUCUCAUCUACCACACACAGCGGGGCGAUGACAUCACAUGGAUCCUUUUGCUUCAUUUUGAUUCUUUUUGCCACCUGGUGCCUGUGUCAAUGAACAGUGACCUAGAGACUCAUUUGGACCAAUACAAAACCACGUCUAAAUGUGUAUAUAUAUAUAAAUACAUUUCUCUCCAUGUCUAUACAAGAUUUGGUUUCCAAAAUUAUACAAGCACGAUAUGACGAAAGUUGAUUUUCUAAUCCAACUUUUUGAUGUGCAAGAGAGUUUUCAGAUUCUGAAAAAAAUGUUUAAUGUGUUGUUUAUAGUUUUUUUUGGUUCAGAUAUUUAAUUUGUAUCUUAUUACACUACCUAUAUUCAAGUCAGAACUUCUUGGACGAACCAAGACGCCGAUCUCAUAAACGGCUCUAACUUUUUUCUAAAAAUUAUGCAGUUGAUGUAUAUCGCUGAAAAAAGAAUUACUAGCUCAUUGGCCACAAGGGGAAAACUCUAGUUUGACCCUUAUCAUUUUCAAGUAAAAAAAUGAAAUAAAUUUAAAUUUGGUUAUACAUCUAGCUCUAGGUUUUUAACCAAUAUCGGUUUAGAAAGGACUUUUGCGUUCAUGAAAUGACUAUUGCUUUUGUGAAUUUUUUAAUGCCAGGUCUCUCUGACUGAAGAGUUCAAUAAAUUGAUCAGGAAAUUUUGGCGCAUCGUCUUCUAAGUUUAGAUCUAAAUACAUUACAUUGGCAUAUGAUCAAGUGUACUACAUCUGUACAUUCACUUAAACAGGAUUCUUUCUCGGGGAGACUUGGGGAGAGGGUCGGGGGAAAAAAGCUCCAUUAAUUAUUAAAUCUGACAUUCAUUAAAUUUUAAGAGAAAAACAAUCGCUCUAUAAGUUGCAUAAAGGAGGUAUUGUCUUAAAAAAAAGUAUUUUAAAUGUCUUUCUUGUUUCUGUCUAAAAUUGUGUCCGCAUUAUACAUAAAUCAUUAUCUCUGUAAACUAGUUUGUUAUAUUUGAAUGUAUCAUACAAUAAACGCAUGUAUUAUA